ACCUGCGAGCCUUUACAGCUCUGGAAAGACAGAAGAACUGAACAUCAUCCUCCUGAACUCCAGCUCAUCUCAGUGUAUUUCAAAGGUGUGGAUCUGAGGAUGUCCUGCGGUUGGUUGCUCGUGCUGUUCUCUCAUGUGCUGCUGAUGCUCGCGUAUCCUCGACCCUCGCGCUGUGCGCUCGACUAUCCGUUAUUCACGGACAACAGCGACCCCCAGUCUGAACGCUAUGAGAAACGAUAUAAUGAUAUUGAUUAUGACAGUUUUAUUGGCCUGAUGGGCAGGAGGAGCGCAGGAACAAAUCGUGACACACAUUUACGUCCACCAUUUAAACCUAAUAUGAAUGACAUGUUUGUUGGAUUGUUAGGACGGAGAAACACUGUGCCUGCUAUUCCUACUUGGAGAGGACAGAGAAGAGGCAACGUUUUCUUAAAGAACAGAAGGCAGAGGUUUUGCUGUGGUGUAUGAAGCCUCUUCAGUCCAGAACUCAUCCACCAUGAAAUUCUGUCAUUCUGAAGAACAAAAUAUCUGUCUUUGUAUGAUAACUAAGCUAGAGUUAGUUUAUUGUCAGUGCCUUCAUUGUAGUAUUUAUUUAUUUUUUUGUCUUUUUUAUGUAGGAUAAGAAUUCUUACAUUUAUGCCAUUAAGAUUUCUGAGUACAGAACGCACCAGACUCAAAUCAGACAAAGGAUGUGUUGAUAGAUUUACUUGGUUUUCAUGAAUGAUAACAAUCCUGGGAUAAAAAGACAUAUGUAGGAAGGCCGAAGAAUAUAUAUGGUACACGUAAAUUUUCUUACUCAUACCUUAUUCAUUUUACAUAUGCUUAUUCAUAAUGAUGCAAAAAAAUAUUAUUUUAUUUAUUUAUUCAUAGAAGAGACCACAUAAAAACAGUUUAAUGUAAAAUAAGUCUUUAUUUAAUAUGCUGGUUAUUAUUCCUCAUUGAAUGAUUCUUGUCAUACAUUUGCCUCACACUCUUUUAUAAAUAAAAGAUUGCUGUGGAAGUACUGUACAGGAUUCCCUUUGUACAUAAAAGACCCUACCGACAAAAGAGAAUGAGAAAGGAGCACAUAUACCUUUGGAUUAAAGAUAAGGGCAUGAAACGCAUGAAUUCAGAAAUGCAGAUUCACUUUAACAGGAUUGGAAGGGCUGGUUUUGAUGUUUGAUGCACUAUGAAUGGUUCUGCUUCAUUUCUGACAAGCUGGGUUCCCUCUUCAUUUUAUAAUCCACUACACAUCUCCCAGAGUGCAGAAGCAAAUUUCUAUGGGCCGCCUUAGUCAACGCAAUUUGGCAAAGCUUUGCUCAAACAAUGCAACGUCUCUAGAGAAAACUCUACUCCUCUUAAGAUUUUUCUUUCUGUUGAGGACCUUAAAUAUGCAAACUUAAGUCAACUUACAAAGGAGAGGGAAUGUUUACAAAGGAAUUUUAGCCAAAGAGCUUUUCUAAGGAAGAUCAUUUGCAUACUAGGAAAGUAUGAGCAUGUUCAAACAUUUCAUAGCUAACUUCUCUUUGAAAUAAUGGAAAUUUACCCAAAAUACUUGUCAUACUUAAUCAUACUUAAAGUGGGUGGCGCAAAUUCAAGAGUGCUUUUCCUCUUUGAAUCAACAGAACAGCACAGAGUACUGCAAACAUUUCCAUUACUCUAGCACUUUCACAAAGAUUUCCCUAGCUUAAUUCACACCAUGUAUUACUGAAUACUCACUAAGUAAAUCAUAAAUCAUGUUUAGUCAAAACCUUUGAAACAAUUUCAAGAUGUACACAGAAUUUGAUUAGGAACUAAAAUGAGGAUAAUUUUACCAAUAAUAUAUAAACUGUAUAUCUGUAUGUAUUUGUAUUUGCUCAUUUGACUGAGUCACUUGAAAACCAUUCAGUUCUAUGACAAAAGCAAAAGUGACUUUGUGCUUGGAGUGGUCAAAGGACAAAAGUGGUUUGUAUUAAAAUAAACUAAUUUCCAGUUCAAAUAAGCUUAUUCAUUCAAAUAAACUUUAUUUGAAUUCCUUCAUAAUUAUGGUAAGUGUCGUACCAUAUAGCGCACAGUGCCGGAAAGAUGACUCUCUGAUGGACAGAGUUUGAGCACUGUUGCCUCUGAUUUAACUCUCAGCUUGAUCUCAAUUCCUAUCAUACGGAAUAAAAAAAAAAAAAAAAAAAAAAGGAAA